CUCUCUCAUGCCAUGCUGGGCCACAAGGGCUCCGGGAGACGCUGCUACAUAUUACCGAGAACCGGGAUGGAGGAGAGGCGGAGGGGGGAAGGAAAAAAAAAAGUUUCUUUUAAACCUGACAGAGAAACUUUCAACAUGAAGCCUCACUGACGCACCGUAUCAGCACCACCACAGCAGCACCAGCGCCACAACACAGCUUGCUUUUUCCUCUGAAUAUAUAUAUAUUUUUUCCACCUCGCAGCUUGUGUUUUUCUUUCACUCUCGGGUCUUAUUUUCUGCGCGCAAGGCUGGUCGGGCUUGCUGUCACUGCGCGCUGAGAUGUUGGAGUGACCAUGGCUGCGCAAGUUGCUUCGGCUCCGACCAGAACUAAUAACAAAAAUAAGAAAUUAUCCAGUGGUUUGGGUCCGGAGCUCAAUUCGGGGAAAUCCGGAGGAGGAGGGACCCUUCAGCGGACUGGACCGAUGCUGGGUUCCGGAGAUGGGACUCUGAAUAAUGUAGACCAUCAUCGCCGAAACGAGCUCAACAUGGUUCAUUCAACUUCCACGACUCUUAACGCUACGGACGGACACGAGAAGGAUGGGAAUAACCUCGCGUCCGCCCCGGCUUCGACUAAUUCAAACACUUCGAUGGAAGCGGGUUUGAUCGCGAACCACAAGCUGAAAUUUAUGGGGAGCGGAGAUCCCCCUCAGUCUCAACCGCCGCCUCAGCAGCAGCAGCCGCCGCCGCAAUUCGGCCAAUUUGCGCCACAUCAGCAGCGACAGAUCCAAAGUAACAACACCGCCAAUAACAACGGCCAGGGGCCCCGUGGGGACAGGGGUAUGGAUCACCAACACCACGGUGGCAAAGAGAACCUGUUGGGGGGCCAGGGGGAGCCACAGCAGCAGCACAUGCCAGGGAAAGGUGAGGGGGAGCUCACCUGUAAACCCGCGGAGAGGAUGAUGGGCAGCAGGUAUGAACACUCCAACUUGGGGCCAAUUAGUAACAACUCUGAGUUUAAUAACAACUAUUACACUCCAAGGCCCUGUUACGAUCAACAUGGCGGACAGCAACAACAAAGCAGUGGGAUAGGGAUAACGCACUCCUCGGCACAUAACAGCAUGGAGAACUCCCACGAAGCUGGGUACCACAACAGCCAGUACAAUCAGUACCCAGCGUACCGCGCCGGCUACGGCGGUGGGGCCUACGGGAUGAUGGGCCCUACAGGGUGCAGGCAACCUGGAAACAUGAUGAUGGGCAGCAACUCCUCGGCGAGUCACGGCAAGUCUCCCAUAGGUGCUGCUCCGGGUGGCUUUCAGAGGUUCCCAGGACAGACUCAGCAGCAACAGCAGCUUCCUUCAGGGGCUACCCCGACCCUAAACCAGCUGCUUACGUCUCCAAGCCCUAUGAUGCGGGGGUAUGGGGGUGCGUAUCAAGACUACAGCGGCUCUACGGCUCAGCAGCAAGCUGGUAUGGGCCUUGGGAAAGGCGUGGGCCCCCAGUAUGGAGCAACAUCGACCCACGGCUGGGGAGAGCAACAGAGGAACCAUCCUCACUCAAUGAGUCCAGGAAACGGAGGGCAAGGCCUCGGCAGGUCACAGGUGGCCUCUAUGGACUUCAUGGCUAUGAAGCGCUCACAGCUGUACAACAUGGCCAACAACCCCUACUCCACGCCACAGCAGCCAGGAGGCGGGCCUUACCCUCCCAGCCAGACAUACACGUCCCCUGCUGCACACAGAUAUCCAAUGAGCAUGCAGGGGCGGGGCCAAAUGGGCAUGGGCGGGAUGCAGUAUCCUCAACAGCAGCAGGUGGCGCCAUAUGGCCAGCAGGGGAUGGGCGGUUACAGUCAGCAGCAGCAGGCGGGGCAGCAGGGAACCCCUCCAUACUUCAGCCCCCCUCAGCAAACCCCACCAGGUCCGACCCAGGGCCCCUACCUGCAGCCUCGACCACCGCCGCAACAGGAGUCGCAGCAGGACACCUACAGCUCCAGGGGUCCUGCCCCAGGGAACUCUGGCAAGGCAAACAAUGAGGAGGGCGUCUCUCAUGACCGUCCGUCCAGUCUGCCG